GGGGGGUUACAGCAAGCCUGGACCCUGCAAGUCCAUUUAAAUAGUUCAGUUUGAACAUGGGAAGUCUAUUAAGGUGGACUGUUCGACUCGUUAAACUUUGUCAAAAGGCUCUGAGUCGUUUUCUGUGCAGAGGGAGCUGAGCAGGCGUGCAUGUUUGAGGUCAUGCUUUGAGCCAGAGUGUAAGAUGAUCCUCCUUUGCCGAACCCAUCAGGCAUCCCUUCGCACAGGGACACACUCACUCACACACAUUCCACUCAAGUCAUCUUGUGAAAGGGUGCCGGCUUCCAACUUGGCUUGAAUGUACAACCUUAAUAAAACACACCGAGGUCUCCGAGAAAAUAGCAGUUCAGCCGCAGCGAGGGCUGCAGCAAUCCACGUCGGGGGCCAGAGUCCAGUGCCAGAAGAUAUAACCGGAUUCAGCAUGGACAGUGCACCUACACGUUCAUCCUUCCAGAACAGGAUGGGAACUGUCGUGAAAGCACCACCGACCAAUACAACACAAACGCUCUCCAAAGGGAUGCCCCCCACAUGGAGCAGGAUUUCUCUUCCCAGAAACUGCAGCGCUUGGAGCAUGUGAUGGAAAACUACACUCAGUGGCUGCAAAAGCUUGAGAACUACAUUGUGGAAAACAUGAAAUCAGAGAUGGCGCAGUUACAGCAGAAUGCUGUGCAGAACCAUACAGCCACCAUGCUGGAAAUAGGAACCAGCCUCCUCAGCCAGACAGCAGAGCAGACAAGAAAGCUCACAGAUGUCGAAACACAGGUACUAAAUCAAACAUCCCGACUAGAAAUUCAGCUGCUGGAGAAUUCAUUAUCUACUUACAAGCUUGAGAAACAACUGCUCCAGCAGACACAUGAAAUCUUGAAAAUCCAUGAUAAAAAUAGUUUAUUGGAACACAAAAUCCUUGAAAUGGAAGAAAGACAUAAAGGGGAGCUGGAUACGUUGAAGGAGGAGAAAGAGAGCCUGCAAGGCUUGGUUUCACGUCAGACCUACAUCAUCCAAGAACUGGAGAGGCAGCUGAGUAAGGCAACCACCAAUAACAGUAUUCUGCAGAAACAACAGCUGGAACUCAUGGACACCGUUCACAACUUAAUCAGUCUUUGUUCUAAAGAAGGAGUUGUACUAAAGAAUACAAAAAGAGAAGAUGACAGGCCAUUCAGGGACUGUGCUGACGCAUACCAAGCUGGCUUCAACAAAAGUGGCGUCUACACUAUUUAUGUUAAUAACAUAUCAGAACCUAAAAAGGUUUUUUGUAACAUGGAGACUGCAGGAGGAGGCUGGACAGUCAUACAACACCGAGAAGAUGGGAGUCUAGAUUUCCAAAAAAGCUGGAAAGAAUACAAGAUGGGCUUUGGUAGUCCUUCUGGUGAAUAUUGGCUGGGGAAUGAGUUUAUCUUUGCAAUAACCACUAGUCAAAGACACUAUUCUCUAAGGAUUGAACUAAUGGAUUGGGAAGGAAGCCGGGCAUAUUCACAAUACGAUAGAUUUUACAUAGGAAAUGAAAAGCAGAAUUACAGGCUGUAUCUAAAGGGUCAUUCAGGAACAGCAGGGAAACAGAGCAGCUUGAUACUGCAUGGAGCGGACUUUAGUACCAAAGAUGCCGACAAUGACAACUGCAUGUGCAAAUGUGCUCUUAUGCUAACAGGAGGAUGGUGGUUUGAUGCCUGUGGGCCUUCCAAUCUCAAUGGAAUGUUCUACUCCGCUGGGCAGCACCAUGGAAAAAUAAAUGGAAUCAAAUGGCACUACUUCAAAGGCCCCAGUUAUUCAUUACGUUCCACAACUAUGAUGAUCCGGCCCUUAGAAUUUUAAGUGCACCAAGCGAAAGCAAGAACAAUGUGCAGUAUAGCUACCAUAUUCUGAAGAACUUCGUACUGUAUGUGACCUUCAGAAGCAGAGGGUGAGGACUUCCUGAAAGCAUCAAAUGGCAGCCGCCCAUCAGUACUCAGAUCUUCCCUGUCACAGGCUGCAGUAAACGGACACAAGUGAACAGACACCACGGACACACAAGUCACCACCAGGAUGCAGAUGACACUGUGGUUGCUUGGACUAGUGAAGAUGUUUAUUGCGACAGAUCAGUGGACAACAUUACGGUUCGGUUGCCACAAAUGAACCUAAUACUUUGGAGCAGAAGCUUGUUUGUUUGUACAAAAUUGCCAGAUUAAAUGAGAUGAAAUUUUGUAAAGCAGAAAUACAUCAUCAUCAUCAUCAUCACCAUCGUCAGUGGAGAAAGGAUGCUUGUCAGUGAAGGAAAUGGCACAGAAUCUAUGCAAAAAAAA